UUAAAGGACAACCAAUGACAAGUCAUCUAGGUGAUCGUGUACGAUUUGAAACACCAACAAAAGUUACUAUACAUGACUUGAUUCCGUCAGAUGGUGGAACAUACUCGUGUGUUGCUCGUUCUCCUGGACAAGAAAUGGCUAUGGAUUCUACUUUUCUGACAAUUUUCACUAAACCGGAAUUUGAAAGAACACCUAAUCAAACCACUGAAGCUUAUGAAGCAAGAUGGAUACAAUUUCGUUGUAUUGCUAAUGGACAUCCCAAACCAGAAAUUCGUUGGAUGCAUAAUGGAAAUCUUAUUCCAAGUAAUCCAAGUAAAAAUGGAGUUGGUUCACUGGUACUUGGCCCAUUAAGAACUGACCAAGCUGGUCGAUAUACAUGUGUAGCAAAGAAUGAUGCUGGAAAUGUUGAGUACGAUUUUGAAUUGAAAGUCAAAACUCGUCCUAAAGUGCAUGUAUAUCAGUCCGAUGAACCGCCUAGAGAAAGUGAUACAACACGUCUUCGUUGUGAAGUUAGCGGUGAUGCUGAUUCAGUUAUAUGGUUAAAAGAUGGAAAUAUAAUUUCUAAUUCAAGUCGUUUUCGUAUUCUAGAUAGAGAUACAGGAACAUAUCAAUGUAUAGCUGCAAAUCCAGUUGGUGAAGAUCUUGGUGAACUUCGUUUAGUUGUAGAAAGUAAACCAUAUCUUGUUAAUCAUCCAAAUAAUAUGACAGCUCAAAUUGGAAGUGUAAUCGUUAUGGAAUGUCUUGCAGAAGGUCAACCUAAGCCAACUAUUACAUGGUAUAAAGAUAAACAACAAAUAAUUCUUCGUGGGCAUCGUUCACUUGUUAAUAAUGGCUCUUUAAGGAUUGUUGGAGUCUCAUCAGAUGAUGAUGGUCUAUAUCAUUGCGUUGCUUCUUCAAGUUUGGGUGAAGAUUUCUCACCACCUGCCUUUUUACAAGUUCAAUUAGAUGGUAGAUGGUCGGAAUGGUCUCAAUGGUCAGAAUGUAGUCAAACAUGUGGACAUGGAACACAAUCAAGAACUCGAACAUGUACUAAUCCAGCUCCAAAAUAUGGAGGUGCUCAUUGUACGGAAGAAAAUAUUGAUAUUCGUCCAUGUUUAGUAAAAUUUUGUCCUACUGAUGGUGAAUGGGGUAGUUGGACACCUUGGUCUGCUUGUACAGCCACAUGUGGUGUAGGUUUAUCUCAAAGACGAAGACGUUGUGAUAGUCCACCUCCAAGCAAUGGUGGAAGGUCAUGUGUUGGUGAAGCUGUUGAAGAUGUGAUGUGUGAAGGUCUCCCACCAUGUCCAGUCUCUGGUAGUUGGUCACCAUGGUCUCCUUGGUCUGAUUGUUCAUCAACCUGUGGAAUAGGAGGAACUCAAAAUCGUAAACGAACAUGUGAUAAUCCAACACCGUCAAAUGGUGGCAGAUCAUGUCCAGGGCAAGACUUGAUGGUACGUGCUUGUAACCAUGGCCCUUGUCCAAUAAAUGGAGGAUGGGGAACAUGGAGCUCUUGGUCUCAUUGUUCACAUAGCUGUGGUGGAGGUCAACGUCGUCGUACUCGUAUAUGUGAUAGUCCGGUUCCAGCAUAUGGAGGUGAAGAUUGUCCGCCAACAGGAAGUACAGAAACUUCUGAGUGUCAGUCAGAACCGUGUCCAAUUCAUGGUGAUUGGUCGAACUGGUCAUCAUGGUCAGCCUGUUCACGUACUUGUGGUGUUGGACUGCAGACUAGAGAACGUGAAUGUACUCAACCACAACCUCAGUUUGGUGGACGUCUAUGCCGAGGAUCAGCGAAAGAAAUAAGAACAUGUGAAACACAAAAACGUGGUAGUUCAGAAUUUUGUCCAAACAAUGAACCUGGACUAAUUUCAACUUGGUCAGAAUGGUCUUCUUGGUCAGAAUGUGAACCUGAUUGCUCAUUAGCUGGUCAAAUAUCGGAAAAAAGUGGAAUAAAACGUCGUGAACGAACAUGUACACUUUUAUCUCCUGAAAAUGAGUCAACCCAUGGAUGUCCAGGUCCAGCUGAAGAAAUUCAAGAUUGUACACUUGAAUAUAAACUAGAUAAAUGUCAAGAUACUCUACAUAGUGUUAACAAAGGACUGUUAACUGGAACUAUUCGAGGCCGAUUGAAUAAUCAGGACAUUGGAACAAUUCAUCUAAAUGCUAAUUGGUCUACUUCAAAUCGUUCUACUAAUUACGAAUUCCAUUUAACUAAUGUACCAAUAGAACGUAGUCAAUGUUUACAAGCUUUAACUGAAAUUUAUCUUCCUGGCAUUUGGUAUGCAGCAAAAGAGGUAUCUGGUGCAUCUAAUGGUCAUACAAUUAUGGGUGCAUUAAACGGAAUCACAUGGGAAUCAGUUGGUCAAUUUGCUGACGGCAAUACAAUACAAAUGAGCCAACGUAUAUUACGAUCAAAUGAUUCAAUUAUGUCAUCUUCAAGUGAAUCUGUUGUCUAUUUGACAACGGAUAUUUAUUUAUCUGGAUCUUGUACAUUGUCUUUAAUUGAUUCUAAAACAACUUCAAGUCCUGAAGUUGAAUUACAUGAUUUUCAUGAAAACUUGGUACAAUUAAGUCCUCAAAAAGGUAGUCUUCAUAGCCAUUCGUCCAGAGCAUUCACAGUUUAUAAUUUAGAGAGAGAAAAAUCACAAAUGGAACCUUAUUCAUGGAUUUCUACAAUCCAAAUUGGUCCAGAAAGAAGACAAACUUAUUUAACUCAAGAACUUCAUAUCAAUGGAAUAGAAAAUAAAGUGAAUUUACAAACUGGACAAGUUGAGUUUUACGCUGAGAGUAUCAUGAAAAAACCUAUUGGUCCAGAUGUUUGUCCAUCUGGUUUUGAAUUGAAUCAAGCUAGAAUCACUGGAACAAGUAUUAGAUUACAAAGAAGACGAGAUUAUUGUAAAGAUGUAGAUGAAUGCGCUUUUCCAAAUUUGAAUAAAUGUGAUCAUGUAUGUAGAAAUACUGUACCUUACUAUACAUGUACAUGUCAUAAAGGUUAUCGCUUAUCAGUUGAUGGACAUUCUUGUAUUGAUAUUGAUGAAUGCUCUAUAAGUGGAAAUAAUGAAACUAUUUGCCCAUAUGGACAACGAUGUAUUAAUACUCAUGGAAGUUAUGAAUGUAAACAUGUUUGUGGACCCGGUUUGAAAGAAAAUCCUAAAAUGGAUCGUUGUGAAGAGAAUUCUAUAUUCAAGAAGAUAUCAUCAAAUGAUUUCAUGAAUAGAAUUCCUAUUCAUUUAUCUCUAUUAAAUCACUUGAACAAUCAACAAAAUGAACAAAUUCUUAAUUCAAAUAUAGAACUAAUAAAUAAUGAUGAUAUAAAACAAAUGAAUCUAUUGAAACAUCGAAUGAAUACGAUAGAUUUAAAUCAAUUCAAUACGGUUGAAUUACAAUGGUAUGAUUUAAUAAACUUAUCUAACAGAUUUCAUAACUUUAUAACAUAUGAUAAUAAUGAACAGAAAUUUGUUCUUUGUGGAAAUGAUUCUUCAGUAUUACGGGUAAGAAUUUAUGAAACAAAUAAAUUGGGUAUACAUGGAGAGUUUAAUGAAUUCAAUAAUUUAUCUACCAUAAAUAUGACAACUACAAACAAUCUAUUCGAAAAUACUAAUUGUAUUAAUCUAGCCAAUAUAAAUACUACCAUAAAUAAUAAACAAUCAUCAAAUCUUAUUUUAUCAGAUUAUCGACAAGCUGUAUUACAUUCUCCACCACCACCAACGACGACGACAACAACAAUAAUAACAACCACAGCAACAACACUAUAUCCAACUCUUGAUAAUAAAUUACAUCAUAAAUCUCUUAGUAACCCUACAAAUAAUUUCCAAGAUGAAACAAUCUAUCCAUUGAUAAAAUUUUCUGUUUCAAAUAUUCUUAAUAAACACUGA